CUAGGAAAGAACAUUCUUCUUUAUUCUCUGGGAGUUGCAUGUCCUGAACUGGAAUUCUCUACAACUCCCGAAUAACCCGUAUUUGUUAGUGAAAUAACUGACAGCUUAAUUUUUAAGGCUAACAUUCCUUGGUGAGCAGAUAUGGGAUCCCGAGAAGACCCCCCAAAAACUGCAGAGCAGUUGAGCAAACAGGCGCCAGACCCCAAAGAGCCAAUUGAGCUCACUGCUUUGUUGCCGACCCUGGAGUUGGAGGGAAGACAGCAUCCAUCUGUUAAAACUUUUGGCCUCAAAGGGGCACAAAGUCUCCAAAGAAAAAAUGCAGUUUGUUCAAACUCAGGUUCGAUACUUAGGGUACCUUAUCUCAGAACAAGGACUACAUUUGGAUCCAGGCUCGAGGCCAGCUCUGGCCAGCCCCCCAAGCUCGGUCCUCAGGGAGCCAUGGCGACGUCCAGGGGCCGACUCUACCUUUGGAUGUGCUUGGCUGCGGUGCUGGCAUCUUUCCUGGCAGGAUUUAUGGUGGGCUGGUUUAUUAAGCCUUUCAAAGAAACUACCACUUCACUGGGCUAUCGUCAAAGUAUGCGGUGGAACCUGGUAUCUGAGAUGAAAGCUGAAAAUAUUAAAUCAUUUCUUCGUUCUUUUACAAAGCUCCCUCAUCUGGCAGGAACAGAACAAAAUCUACUUCUUGCCAAGAAAAUCCAAACCCAGUGGAAGAAAUUUGGACUGGAUUCAGCCAAGUUGGUUCACUAUGAUGUUCUCCUAUCCUACCCUAAUGAGACCAAUGCCAACUAUAUAUCAAUCAUGGAUGAACAUGGAAUUGAGAUUUUCAAUACAUCAUACCUUGAGCCACCACCACAUGGAUAUGAGAAUGUUACAAAUAUUGUUCCACCAUAUAAUGCUUUCUCAGCCCAAGGCAUGCCAGAGGGAGAUCUUAUAUAUGUGAACUAUGCUCGUACUGAAGACUUUUUCAAACUAGAAAGAGAGAUGAACAUCAACUGUAGUGGAAAGAUUGUUAUUGCAAGAUAUGGAAAAAUCUUCAGAGGAAAUAAAGUUAAAAAUGCCAUGUUAGCAGGAGCCAUAGGAAUCAUCUUGUACUCUGAUCCUGCUGACUACUUUGCCCCUGGGGUACAGCCUUAUCCUAGAGGAUGGAACCUUCCUGGAACUGCAGUGCAGAGAGGGAAUGUGUUGAACUUGAAUGGUGCUGGUGACCCGCUCACUCCUGGCUAUCCAGCUAAAGAGUACACCUUUAGACUUGAUGUCAAAGAAGGAGUGGGAAUCCCCAAGAUUCCUGUACAUCCUAUUGGGUAUUAUGAUGCAGAAAUAUUAUUACGUCACAUGGGAGGAGCUGCUCCACCAGAUGACAGCUGGAAGGGAAGUCUCAAUGUGGGUUACAAUAUUGGGCCUGGCUUCACAGGGCACGAUUCCUUCAGGAAGGUUAGAAUGCAUGUUCAUAACACCAAUAAAAUUACAAGGAUUUAUAAUGUAAUUGGAACGAUCAGAGGAUCUAUGGAACCUGACAGGUAUGUUAUUCUAGGAGGUCAUCGGGACUCCUGGGUAUUUGGAGCUAUUGACCCAACCAGUGGGGCUGCUGUUUUGCAAGAAAUUGUCCAGAGUUUUGGAAAACUGAUGGGUAGAGGCUGGAGACCUAGAAGAACCAUCAUUUUUGCCAGCUGGGAUGCAGAGGAAUUUGGGCUGCUGGGCUCCACAGAGUGGGCUGAGGAGAAUGCAAAAAUACUCCAGGAGAGAAGCAUUGCUUAUAUCAAUUCAGAUUCAUCUAUAGAAGGCAAUUAUACUCUCAGAGUUGACUGUACACCCCUUCUUUACCAAUUGGUGUAUAAACUGACAAAAGAGAUAUCCAGCCCAGAUGAUGGUUUUGAGGGUAAGUCUCUUUAUGAAAGCUGGUUGGAAAAGGACCCUUCAUCUGAAAAUAAAGAUUUUCCUAGGAUCAACAAACUAGGAUCUGGAAGUGAUUUUGAAGCUUAUUUUCAGAGACUUGGGAUUGCUUCAGGCAGAGCCCGUUACACUAAGAACAGAAAAACAGAUAAGUACAGCAGCUACCCGGUAUACCAUACGAUUUAUGAGACGUUUGAAUUAGUACAGAAUUUUUAUGAUCCCACAUUUAAAAAACAGCUUUCGGUGGCUCAGUUACGAGGGGCACUGGUUUAUGAGCUUGCAGACUCUAACAUCAUUCCUUUCAAUAUUGAAGACUAUGCAAAAGCUUUGAAAAACUAUGCAACAAGCAUCUAUAAUUUAUCUAAGAAACAUGACCAAGAAUUAAGAGACCAUGGAGUAUCGUUUGAUUCUUUAUUUUCUGCUGUGAAAAACUUCUCAGAUGCUGCUUCAGAUUUCCAUAGAAGACUUACAGAAGUUGAUCUUCAGAAUCCCAUUGCAGUGAGAAUCAGGAAUGACCAACUGAUGCUCCUGGAGAGAGCAUUCAUCGAUCCCCUUGGUUUACCAGGGAGGCGGUUCUAUAGGCACAUCAUUUUUGCUCCCAGUAGCCACAACAAAUAUGCCGGAGAAUCAUUUCCUGGGAUCUAUGAUGCUAUGUUUGAUAUUGAAAAUAAAGAAGACCGUCAGUCAGCCUGGACAGAAGUAAAGAAACACAUUUCUAUUGCAGCCUUUAUAAUUCAAGCAGCAGCAGGAACCCUGAAAGAAGUGUUAUAGUAAGGUCUCAGCAGCGUGGCCAUUAAAGGUGUUACUGAAAGUC